UAAAAAAAAAAACUGCAGAAUUUUCAUUAUACUAUUCUACGUUCUUUCCAGAUUACCUUUUUGUUGCAUGUCAAAUUGUAGUUGCCCUAUAUGCACACCUUGAAUUACAGUUGGAUCAUUUUUUUUCGAUUGGUGGUACGGGCCAACAAUAUACUAGAACAGUAGGGAAUCAUUGUUUACUAAACGAUUUUAGUAAUUAACAAAGAUUGAAUCAGAAAAUUACCACAAAUUGCUGGUAAUAUGAAAUUUCAGUCUUGUGCACGUCAGAAAAGACUAGCCACUCGGCGGGCAAACAUACACAAAAGGAUGCGGCGUAAAUGGCUUCAGCCUUUCUCUCGUGGCUGUAAAUCUAGACCGUGGCCAGCACGCAAUGAAACAGAAACAUCAGAAGAUUCCACAACUAGUCUGGAAUCAGCGGAACCCGCUGUUAACACCGAUUGGAUCAUCGAAAGAUACCGCACCCCGCAUGAUACCAACUCGCUGUGGAAUUUGAAGAAAUGGUUCAUGCAAUUGCACAAGGAAUGCAUCCCGGAAGAGGAGUUAGUUGCGCUGGCGCAAGUAUUCGCGAACAUGGUAGCGUACGGAUGUAGAUAUGCGCCUGAGCUCAUGGAGCGAGUGAGCGAGCUUGGUAAACCAGUGGCCAAAGUUUAUCACAGUUUGAAGGCGAAAAGAAGUUUUCGCGCCCAAAUCCCGGUGAAAACUGAAUGCCAUGAGUCGCCGGCACACGUUCCGGCGGACCCGGAAGAGCUAGAUUGGAGGAUGGAUCCCGUCUUUCCGGCCCACACGCUGGACGAGAUACUCCGUAACAUCAUUGUGGUGAACAAUUCUUUAAAAGAAACAACGGAAUGGUUCGAACGUUUGGGUAGUGGUACGAUAUCGAUUGCCAUCAGUGCGAUAUCGCAUGGGAUAUUCGAAGUGAAAGCUUAUGCUGCCAACCAUUUCAUCAACAAAACUUCCGGCACGUACCGUAAGGCGUAUGCGCAAUGCGUGGUAGAUUUACUGGAAAUCCUGAAAUACUACUGCUAUCAAGUGAAUUACAUACAGCGGUUUCCCUACCUGAAUUACAAUGUAGAAAGACUUUUGAAUGAAAGCAGCCACCAACCUGUACAAUGUGUCGAGCAGCACAAUAUCGGUUACCGAUUGCUUCAAAAGCUAGGCUGGUCGGGUGGUGGGCUAGGAUCGAAACAGACGGGCAUAUUGCGGCCGAUCGAAGUGUGCUACAAGCAUGAUCGCAGAGGGCUCGGUUCUAAAAAGCCCACGAAAAAGAAUCAACCCAUAGACACGAUCGAAGACUAUUGUCACAUUGAUAUCCCCUUCUAUCACAUGCUUAUGGAUGCUAUCCUUGCCCGGCAGCCGUACUACGAUCUCAUAUUUUCACCGGAGUUUACCGAGAGCGAACGGAUACUAUUGACGAGAUUAGCAGCGCAGCGAAGGCUUCGGUGUGGAACACGAAUCAGCGAGACUGGGCAGGCUCAGUUUGUCAUCAAACGGUAUCCUUUACCACCGCAUGUCGUGCUGGCGCAGGUGCUGGUAGAAAAUCAUCCACUCGUAUCGAAGUACUAUGAAGUUAUACCACCCAGGAUGUUCCUCCAGUCGUACUAGCGACAACACAACAGCACCGGUGCAUUGGUUUUAUACGGUACGGAAGUAAAGGCAAGCUGCUACCGUGUCCUUGCAUAGUUAGCGGUGCGUCAAGAUUGGAUAGAAGAGUCCGAGAAAAGCAUACACUGAAUAUAAUAAGUUAAAGAGCGAUUUGAACAUAUGAACUAAGUGCCAAACCAGUACGUUUGUGCAGAAAAGCAUAGAAAAAAUAGCGUUACGAACUGCUAGCAGUUAGCUGAGUUUAAAAUCAUAUUGCUUGUACGUUUUGAAUUUACUAUGUUCCAAUUUUGAAUACAAUAGAAGUUAUG